AUGGAUCCGUUAAUGGAGGAAGAAGAGUACAACUGGAGAGAAGUGAUACUCCCGUCGCUAAUACCAGUUGUGCCGGAGCCGGAACUGGAGAGAGAAACCGGAGAGAGAGAGAGAAGGAGAGGACGCGACAUAAUAAUCGCUGUUGAUCAUGGACCCAAUAGCAAACACGCUUUUGAUUGGGCAAUAACUCAUCUCUGCCGCCUCGCAGAUACCGUUCACCUUGUACAUGCCGUUUCCAGUUUGAAGAACCAGAUUGUUUACGAUACGAUGCAGGUUCCUAUGGAGAAGCUUGCAGUGGAGGCUCUUGAGGUUGCUAUGGUGAAGUCGAAGGCUAGGAUCGUGGAAGGAGAUGCAGGGAAGGCAAUUUGCAAGGAAGCAGAGAGGUUGAAGCCUGCUGCUGUUGUUCUUGGUACCAGAGUGUGCAACAGGGCAGCGUUUGUGAAUAUUGCUUUCACAAUUGUAAAACCGCACCAGUCAUUAUUGUUCCUCGAAGAGAGGCCGGGGAAGAAUCUGUCGUGUAUUGGAGCAGGCAAAGAUGAGUAA